GCGCACUGCUUAUUUCCCGCUGUCAGGAUGAGGAGGCGGAGGUCGGCGCUCGGGUCCGUCUCUGCCCGCGGCUGUGGCGGCGCCGGCGGCUCCAGCCUUAGCGGUUCCUCCCUGGGCGGCGGCGGCGGCGGCUCGGUCGACGCCUCUUCCGCCAGCUGAGCCCGAGGGAGCCCGGGACGCUGCUUCCCCGCCCAUUCCCGCUCCCCCAAGCCGGCCGUCUGGCCAUGGCGCAGCCGGGCCCGGCUCCCCAGCCUGACGUUUCUCUUCAGCAACGGGUAGCAGAAUUGGAAAAAAUUAAUGCAGAAUUUUUACGGGCACAGCAGCAGCUUGAGCAAGAAUUUAAUCAAAAGAGAGCAAAAUUUAAGGAGUUAUAUUUGGCUAAAGAGGAGGAUCUGAAGAGGCAAAAUGCAGUGUUACAAGCUGCACAAGAUGAUUUGGGGCACCUUCGGACACAGCUGUGGGAAGCUCAAGCAGAGAUGGAGAAUAUUAAGGCUAUUGCCACAGUCUCUGAGAAUACCAAGCAAGAAGCUAUAGAUGAAGUGAAAAGACAGUGGAGAGAAGAAGUAGCUUCACUUCAGGCUGUUAUGAAAGAAACAGUUCGUGACUAUGAGCACCAGUUCCACCUUAGGCUGGAGCAGGAGCGAACGCAGUGGGCACAGUAUAGAGAAUCUGCAGAGAGGGAAAUAGCUGAUUUAAGAAGAAGGCUGUCUGAAGGUCAAGAGGAGGAAAAUUUAGAAAAUGAAAUGAAAAAGGCCCAAGAAGAUGCUGAAAAACUUCGGUCUGUUGUGAUGCCCAUGGAGAAGGAAAUUGCAGCUUUGAAAGAUAAACUGACAGAGGCUGAAGACAAGAUUAAAGAGCUGGAGGCCUCAAAGGUUAAAGAAUUGAAUCAUUAUUUGGAAGCUGAAAAAUCUUGUAGGACUGAUCUAGAAAUGUAUGUAGCUGUUUUGAAUACUCAGAAAUCUGUUCUACAGGAAGAUGCUGAGAAACUGCGAAAAGAAUUGCAUGAAGUUUGCCAUCUCUUGGAGCAAGAGCGACAGCAACACAACCAGUUAAAACAUACAUGGCAGAAGGCCAAUGACCAAUUUCUGGAAUCUCAGCGUUUACUGAUGAGAGAUAUGCAGCGAAUGGAGAUUGUGCUAACCUCAGAACAGCUCCGACAAGUUGAAGAACUGAAGAAGAAAGAUCAGGAGAAUGAUGAACAACAAAGACUCAAUAAGAGAAAAGAUCAUAAAAAAACAGAUGUCGAGGAAGAGGUAAAAAUACCAGUAGUGUGUGCUUUAACUCAAGAAGAAUCUUCAGCCCAGUUAUCAAAUGAAGAGGAGCAUUUAGAUAGCACCCAUGGUUCAGUCCAUUCCUUAGAUGCAGAUUUAUUGUUACCAUCUGGAGAUCCAUUCAGUAAAUCGGACAAUGACAUGUUUAAAGAUGGACUCAGGAGAGCACAGUCUACAGACAGCUUGGGAACCUCGGGCUCAUUGCAAUCCAAAGCUUUAGGCUAUAACUACAAAGCAAAAUCUGCUGGAAACCUGGAUGAGUCAGAGUUUGGACCCCUGGUGGGAGCAGAUUCAGUGUCUGAGAACUUUGAUACUGCAUCCCUUGGGUCACUCCAGAUGCCAAGUGGGUUUAUGUUAACCAAAGAUCAGGAAAGAGCAAUCAAGGCAAUGACACCAGAACAAGAAGAGACAGCAUCUCUCCUCUCUAGUGUCACCCAGGGCAUGGAGAGUGCCUACGUGUCCCCCAGUGGUUACCGCUUAGUUAGUGAGACUGAGUGGAAUCUCCUGCAGAAAGAGGUGCAUAAUGCUGGAAAUAAACUUGGUAGACGUUGUGAUAUGUGUUCCAAUUAUGAAAAACAGUUACAAGGAAUUCAGAUUCAGGAGGCUGAAACAAGAGACCAGGUGAAAAAACUACAGGUGAUGCUGAGGCAAGCUAAUGACCAAUUAGAGAAGACAAUGAAAGAGAAACAGGAGCUGGAAGACUUCAUAAAGCAGAGCAGUGAAGAUUCGAGUCAUCAGAUCUCUGCACUUGUUCUAAGAACCCAAGCAUCUGAGAUCUUACUUGAAGAGUUGCAACAAGCAUUUUCCCAGGCAAAGAGGGAUGUUCAGGAACAGAUGGCAGUGCUGAUGCAGUCGCGGGAACAAGUUUCAGAAGAGCUGGUGAGGUUACAGAAAGAUAAUGACAGUCUCCAGGGAAAGCACAGCUUACAUGUGUCACUACAGCAAGCAGAAGACUUCAUCCUCCCAGACACUAUAGAGGCCCUGCGGGAGUUGGUGCUGAAGUAUCGAGAGAACAUCGUCAGCGUGCGGACGGCAGCAGACCACGUAGAGGAGAAGCUGAAGGCAGAGAUACUUUUCCUAAAAGAGCAGAUUCAAGCAGAACAGUGUUUAAAAGAAAACCUUGAAGAAACUCUGCAGCUAGAAAUAGAAAACUGCAAGGAAGAAAUAGCUUCCAUUUCUAGCCUAAAAGCUGAAUUAGAAAGAAUAAAAGUAGAAAAAGGACAGUUGGAGUCCACAUUAAAAGAGAAGUCUCAACAGCUUGAGAGUCUUCAGGAAAUAAAAAUCACAUUGGAAGAACAGUUAAAGAAAGAAACUGCUACUAAGGUUACCGUUGAACAACUAAUGUUUGAAGAGAAGAAUAAAGCUCAGAGAUUACAGACAGAAUUAGAUGUCAGUGAACAAGUCCAGAGAGAUUUUGUAAAGCUUUCACAGACCCUUCAGGUGCAGUUAGAGCGGAUCCGGCAAGCAGACUCCUUGGAGAGAAUCCGGGCAAUUCUGAAUGAUACCAAACUGACAGACAUUAACCAGCUCCCUGAGACAUGACACCCUGAUAGCAGGAUUCUAGCCUGCAUUUUGGAUUUUUAACUCAUCUUUAGAGCAACAUUAAUUAUUAUUUAACUCUUAACUGAAGAAACAGAAGUCACAGCAAAAGGAAGACUGGAGAAAUGCUUAAUUCUAGUGGGAGAAGACGCAGCAUAGGAACAGCAAACAGCCAGGGCGAUUCGCAGCAGAAACCUUUCAAAUGGGAACACUAACGAGACUGCAGACUUGAUUCCAACAGGUGUGGGAUCAGUCAGGUGAUGGAAGAAGUGCUGUUUCCUUGCCUACUCUCUCCAAUAUAGAUUUUUGGAACACAUUUCCCUACCCUAAAGCAACAUCCCAAUAGCAUUUGGAAUUACAUUUUCUGUUCAGAUGUUGGAAGCAAGAAUUUUCUUUUCUGUUGUCUAGAGCUCAUCAAUAACAGUAUUCAGUUAGCAGACAGAGGUGUAGUAUGCUGUAUGAAUAUUUUAUAUUAAAAUAUGAAGUUUUGAGAGCAGGC